CGCCAAGCGGUAGGAUCUGUGUGACAGUGCAGGGUACAGCUUUAGGUUGAGGGGCAGCGAGAGGAAAGAAUUUCUCCCGAUCCCGCUAUAUACUCGCCACUAUUCCAUCGUAACAAACAUCAGCUUAAUUCAAACUGAUAUCAUUUCUACAGCGCGCUGGGAAUUCGCGAAGGUUGCUACAGUGAAGAAUAUUUACCACUCGCCUGCAGGACUUAAUCAGACUACAACGUUACUGUUGGUCGAACUUUCCCCUUUUUAUUUUGGAUUGUCUUGCAGUUUGAUUUUUUUGUUGUUUUGUUUUUGUUUCUCCCCGUUUUUAAUUCCAACCGGCUGACAUCUACAUGAUUUUAUAAUCUGCGGGUGUCUUAGUCCUUUUUCAAAAUUAAGAGCGUUCUGCCGAAAAGUUUUAUUUUCAUUUCUAUUUUUGGGGGGGAACGUUACAGUUUUUCACGAUGAACAAGCUAUAUAUUGGAAAUCUCAAUGAAAACGUGACCGCAGAAGACUUGGUUAAAACCUUUGAAGAUUACAAGAUUCCAUACUCUGGACAGUUUCUCAUGAAAACUGGCUACGCGUUUGUUGAUUGCCCGGACGACCAAUGGGCAAUGAAAGCGAUUGAAACAUUUUCUGGUAAAGUGGAACUUCACGGCAAACGAAUUGAGGUCGAACAUUCUGUCCCUAAGAAGCAGAGGACCAGAAAGCUCCAGAUCAGAAACAUUCCACCACACCUACAGUGGGAGGUUCUUGAUGGUCUGCUUGCCCAGUAUGGAACUGUUGAGAACUGUGAACAAGUGAAUACAGACAGCGAGACUGCAGUUGUGAACGUCACAUAUGGGACACGGGAGCAGGCUAGACAAGCAAUCCAGAAGCUCAACGGUUACCAGUUUGAGAACAACGCCCUGCGUGUGUCAUACAUCCCCGACGAGAACUCUGAUACCGAUUCUCAACGAGGCCCAGACAACGGACGGCGUCCCGGAUACGGUCCGCGGGGAAACUCCCGCCAGAUGUCGCCUGGUUCUGGAAUCCCCACCAAACAUCAGCAUGCCGACAUCCCACUCAGGCUGUUGGUUCCCACGCAAUACGUGGGCGCCAUUAUCGGCAAGGAGGGCGCCACCAUCCGUAACAUCACCAAGCAAACUCAGAGCAAGAUCGAUGUGCAUCGUAAAGAGAACGCAGGUGCCGCUGAAAAGCCCAUAAGUAUCCAUUCUACCCCAGAGGGCUGUUCAGCUGCCUGCCGCAUGAUCCUGGAAAUCAUGAACCAGGAGGCCAAGGACACCAAAACUGCCGACGAGGUGCCUCUAAAGGUUCUUGCUCACAACAACUUUGUUGGCCGUUUGAUUGGCAAAGAGGGACGCAACCUGAAGAAAGUGGAACAAGACACUGACACCAAGAUCACAAUUUCACCACUGCAGGAUCUGACCCUUUAUAACCCAGAAAGGACAAUUACAGUGAAGGGCUCAAUCGAAGCGUGUUGCCUGGCAGAACAGGAAAUCAUGAAGAAAGUGCGCGAGGCGUAUGACAAUGACAUCGCUGCCAUGAAUCAACAGACCCACCUGAUCCCCGGACUAAACCUGGGCGCAAUCGGCCUCUUCCCGCCAUCCUCUGCCAUGCCGCCUCCCGCCCUCGGAAACUCUGUGCCUGGUCCCCCCUAUGGCCCUAUUGGGGCCGCUGAACAGGAGACCGUCCAUGUGUACAUCCCAGCCCAAGCCGUAGGAGCCCUUAUUGGCAAGAAAGGACAGCAUAUCAAGCAGCUAAGCCGUUUUGCUGGAGCUUCUAUUAAGAUUGCACCAGCAGAGGCUCCAGACUCAAAAAUGCGAAUGGUCAUUGUUACAGGACCACCUGAGGCCCAGUUCAAGGCUCAAGGCAGAAUAUACGGUAAGCUGAAGGAGGAGAACUUCUUUGGCCCCAAAGAGGAGGUGAAGCUGGAGACACACAUCAAAGUAGCAGCUGCAGCUGCAGGAAGGGUCAUUGGAAAGGGCGGGAAAACCGUAAAUGAACUGCAGAACCUCACUGCUGCUGAAGUAGUGGUUCCCCGAGAGCAGACCCCUGAUGAACACGACCAGGUCAUCGUCAAAAUCAUCGGCCACUUCUACGCAAGUCAGUUGGCACAGAGGAAGAUUAGGGACAUUUUGACACAAGUCAAACAGCAGCAGAAAGGUACAGGAGGUACAGGAGCUCCUCAGGGGCCCCAUCCGCAGGGCAUGUCUGAGCUGGGGACCCCUCAGGGACUGGCACAAGAACCCAGGAGGAAGUAAGGAGGUGGGGCCGCUACCCAGUCAGACGGACAGACAAAUGGGAGGACAAACGAGCGGACUGACUGAGAGAAAGAGUGACACACAGACCCAGCGGUAGACAGGGAGAAAUGAGCAAACUGAGAGGAAUUAUAAAGAGAAAAAAAAGACAAAAAAAAACAACAACAACACAUGCCUGAGAGAGGGCGAGGAAGCAAGUUUAGUGAAAAUGAACGAGAAAAAAAAAGUGAUUUUGUUUUUUUGUUUUUUUUUUUAAAAAGAGAGAUAACUAGAAAACAGAGACCAGAUGCCAGGCCAGGUGGAGUGACUGAGGUUGGCGAGGAGAUCCGACAAAGCGGAGCGCCCUCUAGUGAGAGUUUUUUUACUUAAGUUUUUUACUCCAGCUACUCGGGACCCUCAGCCAUCAGCAGUCACUUCAAAAUGUUAACUGUGUUUUUUUUAAAAGAUAGAGAUAUAUGUAUAGAAAUGUUUAUUCAGAGGUAUUAUUAAUGAAAUGCAGUGAGGUAGAGAUGGGAAAGAGAGAGCAGAGAAUACAAUUUUGGAGGGUGGAGUCACCAAUCAGGUGCCUUCUCCCUGCCUAUCAGAGAUGAGGGGAGGGGCCAAUGUUGUUAACACUGCUCUUGAAGCCCCCCACGCUAAACUGUGGGGGUGACGAGAUGAAAAAAAGAAGAAAAAAAAUGAGGUUGUAAAUAUAAUCUUCAUGACUUUGUGUUGAAAUGCUGCACGUUUAACCGUCACCAAUCGGGUACCUGGCUUAAAAGGGCUUUCGGCGUUUUUCCGGAAGCUUCCCUUUUAGGCCGCACGCCGUUUGGCCGGCGGGAUGUGCGGCGAGAGUUCAGUAAGCGUGUGGGCUAAAGUCGACCUCUGCAGUUGUAUUGCAGUGGCUCCGCUUUGAUGUGCGGAAACCCAUCAGUUCCGCCCUAAACCACGCCGGCGAUGAUCGCUGGAGCGCCGCUCACACCCAAACGGCAUAUUUUAUAUAUAUUAUAUAUAUAUGAUAUGUGAGUUAACCUGGCCCCUCAUUGCACCGGAACAGGCAGAACGUGGAAAUGAACGUACCGCAAUUUCAGAACAUCUCUUUUAGGAAUGUGUGAUUUUACAUUCUCACAUUUUUUUUCCAAAAAGCAAUCGAAAAAGCCUGGCCUUCAGACGCAUUGUUCUGUGCUUUUCCUGAGAAUUAAUAUGCAGAGACAAAAUCAAGCGAGGACGGUCGGCCUGAAUGCCAGGUCUGAUGUGACAGGGUACACGUCUGCCUUUAGGUCAGAGGUCAAGAACGAGUGACCGCAAAAUGGUUUCUGUGCUCUCUCUCGCCCACUUCGUUCGAUGAGGUUGGCCUUUCUCACUGAACCUAGAACAGAUUAGAUAAAAUGAAAUUAAGAAAAAAAAACAAAAAACCUACCUCAGGGUAUUGUUACCUCAGUAUUUCUAAUUUCUUUUUCUUUUCUUUUUUCCUUUUUUUGCUUGCUUGCUGGUGUUUUUAUAUAAAAAGCUGAUAGUCUUGAAUAUUUUAUUUUUUUAAGAAAAUAUUUUACUUUUUUUCUUUUCUUUUUCUUUUCCUUUUUUGGGAUGAGUGUAUGCGUGAGUGCAACUGAGGGUUUUUUCCUCACCUGAG